UCUCCAAAAAGCAUUUUUUAUUGCUUUUUCAUCAAAAUCCAUACCUAAUUUUGGAUUGAAACGAAGUACAAGCCCCUUACAAAGCAGAACGACGAUAAGAAUCGACGCCAAAUAACUCGCAAAAAGAGAAAUUCUUACGACUUUCGAGCUACUUCCGGUUUUCUCAUCACAAACGCUCCGUUUCUGGCUAUGCGAUGUCUGCUGUCGUCAAGCUACGAACGCCAACCAAGUCUGAGUCCUCAUUUUCGGGCGCGAAAACUCCCGAGGGCAAAGGGAUAAAACUCGCAGACCCCAAUUCGAGUUCAAUAAUGGACCUCGGGCGAUUGUUGUUGGAAGCAGCGAAGGAGGGAGAUACAAAACGCGUUUACGAACUCAUGCUAAAUGGAGCUCCUUUCACGACAGAUUGGCUUGGAACGACCCCUUUACAUUUCGCGGCAAAGUACAAUCACGCGGAAACGUGUCAGGUUUUGUUGCGAGGCGGUUUGAGUAAAGAUGCGCGAACAAAAGUUGAUCGAACCCCAUUGCAUCUCGCCGUGUUCGAGGGACAUUUCAAAAUUGUCGAGUUAUUGUUGCAACACAAAUGUAACCCAAAUGCGGUCGAUAUGCUCAAAAUGACGCCGUUACAUUGGGCUGUCGAGAAGGAAAAUGCAAAAAUUGUCGAGUUACUGUUGAAAAAUGGCGCCGAUGCGACAAUCAAAUCGAAAUUUGGAAAAUCUCCCGUUAUGAUGGCAGUUCAGAAAAACAACUCGAGGCUCAUGGAUUUAUUAUUGGAUCCAAAUCAUGCGCAUGAAGCGAUGAAUCAAGCAGAAAAUGCGUCAAAAAGCAUGAAAAAAGACUCCCGCAUCGAAGAAGACGACAUCGUAAUCGACGAAGAUGGCAACAUAAAAUCCCCAAAAGAGUCCCCGAUGAACACAACUGACGAUUUAAUCGAAGAAGACACGAAUUACAGCGAGAUGAUCAAUCAAAUGGACGAUCCAGCGUCGCCCGGAAGCAUCGAUGCUGUUGGAUUAAAAGUUUUACGCGAUCACGGUAUCCAAAUGUUGCCGCAAGACGAUAACAAUACGAUCAAAACUGCCCUCGAAAGUGGUUGUAAGCUAGUUUUAUCGGAAGCAGGCAAGCUCGUGUUACAAAAAGCACGAAAUUUCCGUUCAACGCCCGCAUCUUCGCCAAGUACAAGCAUUACGCCAAUCUCGCGUAAGAGAUCCGCUCAAAUAAUUUCGCCUUUGCAACAAACCGCAUCUCCAAAAAUCAUAAAAUUACAAAAAGUUGCGAAUAUUCGAUCACCGAAGAAGAUAAAAACGGACGAAAUGCAUAAAUUAUACACAAAAACGUUGGAUAAGCUUCCUCGAGGUACGACAGUAACGUUAUCGAGAGACGACAUUACAAUUCCCGACGAAGAUGAGGAGCCCAAUGAACGAAUUGCCGACGUGCAAGAACUUAAUGAGGAUUAUGACGAAGAAUUUUUGGAAGACACAGCAAUUCAGGGAGAUCGAAUUACCAAAUUGGAGCAACAGAUGAAGGAAAUGCGACGUGAAACGGAAAAACUGAGAAAAGAGUUGGAACAGACGCAGAAAUUAAAUGAAGAAUAUAAAGAGAGAAUUGAAAAGUUGGAAGAAGUCGUUUUUGCGGAAAAAGAAAAAUCUGAGGAAAAUGAAGAAAAAACUGAGGAACGUGAAGAAAAUGCUAAAACGGAAACUGAUGAAAAAAACGAAGAAAAAUCUGAAGAAGUUGAAAAAAAAUCAGGAGAAAAUGAAAAUUUAGAAGAAAAUGAGAAAUCUGAAGAAAAAUCAUGAUAAUGAGUAGUGAAGUUUUUUUUUGUAGUUUUUAAGUUUUAGAAAAUAAGAUUGUUAAGAGUUUAAAUAAAUUUUAAGGAAAUUUUUUGGACAAAU